AUGACCGAGACAGAUACCCCCGAAAAGCCCACAGCUGACGCGACAACCAUCCAGUCACCUCUAUCGCCAGAAUCCCGCCAUAGUACACAUAUUGUCUUGACCACAUACCCCGGACAAAGUGGCAUCGACCCCGUUCCCCUACAAUGGGGUGCCCCGGACGCCAAAUCCCGCGGUCCAGUGGUCGUCUCACGCAGCGGGCCAUUGCUAAAACGACGCAAUGCCAUGGGUGCCCACGGCGGUAGUUACAGCAUCUACAACGCUCUAGCCAUCGCCGCCGGCGAUCUCCCGCCUGACUUCCGCCCGGAUUUCAAGAACAGUGAACCCACCUUCAAUUUCCCCUGGCAACCCGCCUGGGCCGAUAAGGAUAAGAUCGUGUCGAUGGAUCCCUAUGGUCACGAUAUCGUCGACAAGUUCCGCGAUGAGCUAAACGCCGGCUGGGACAUCCGGCCUACAAUGGCCAUCACCCGCGCUAACAUGAAGCUGGCUGAGAUCGCAGAUGCAGUACGGGACGGACAACUGGACGUGGACGGAUCGAUUAUCGUAGACUCCUCGGGUGAAGUGCGGGUGACGAAGGUCGCCGUCGAACCCGUGUGGUAUCUCCCCGGUGUUGCGGACCGAUUUGGCGUCACGGAGGCCGUGCUCCGUCGCACGCUCUUCGAACAUACGGGUGGAAGUUACCCAGAACUAAUUACUCGUCCGGAUCUCAAGGUCUUUCUGCCCCCCAUCGGCGGUCUGACGGUCUACAUUUUCGGACCCCCCGAGCGGGUAUCCGACGAGAACGUGAAACUGGCCCUGCGGAUCCACGACGAGUGUAACGGGAGUGACGUCUUCCAGUCUGAUAUCUGCACAUGUCGACCCUACCUCGCAUUCGGUAUUCGGGAAGCGAUCCGCGAAGCCCAGAACGGGGGCAGUGGUGUUGUCAUCUACUUCCGGAAGGAAGGACGCGCCCUGGGCGAAGUCAUCAAGUAUCUGGUGUACAACGCUCGCAAGCGUGGCGGCGACACGGCAGACAAGUACUUUACGCGCACUGAGAACAUCGCUGGUGUAAGAGAUAUGCGCUUCCAAGCCCUCAUGCCCGACAUCCUGCACUGGCUCGGCAUCAAGAAGAUCGAUCGCAUGCUCUCCAUGUCCAACAUGAAACACGACGCCAUCGUCCAAUCUGGAAUCAAGAUCCUCGAGCGCGUCCCUAUCCCAGAAGACAUGAUCCCCAAUGACUCGCGCGUGGAGAUCGACGCCAAGAUCAACGCCGGAUACUUCACAACGGGAAGGCAGUAUACCAUGGAAGAGCUGGCCAAAGUCAAGGGCCGCGGAUGGGAAAAGUGGGAGGAUGUCACGAAGCCGAAAAAACAAACAAGAAAAAUGGGCUCCUCCGUCACCCUGCAACCCCACGUCCCCAAAGCCGGGGUAUGGUGUCCCGCCAUAACAUUCUUCGACCACAGCUCCGACACGCUCGACCUCGCCGCGCAGAAGAAAUACUACUCCUACCUAUCUACGACCGGACUAGCGGGACUCGUCAUCUUGGGCACAAACUCCGAGGCGUUCCUCCUUACCCGCGAAGAGCGCGCCCAGCUCAUCGCGACUGCCCGCGAAGCUGUCGGCCCCGAUUACCCACUCAUGGCGGGCGUGGGCGCGCACUCUACGAAGCAGGUGCUCGAGCUUACGCAUGAUGCUGCGGCUGCAGGGGCAAAUUACCUGCUUGUGCUGCCACCGGCGUAUUUUGGGAAGGCGACGACGGCGGGCGUGGUGAAGAGAUUCUUUGCCGAUGUGGCGGCGCAGGCGCCGUUGCCGGUUGUUGUGUACAAUUUCCCGGGGGUGUGUAAUGGGGUGGACCUUGAUUCGGAGACGAUUACGGAUAUUGUGCGCGAGUCCGCUGGAAGGAGGGCGGAUGGGGUGAGUAAUGUAGUUGGUGUGAAGUUAACUUGUGCUUCGGUGGGCAAGAUCACAAGGCUGGCGGCGACGUUCAAGCCCGACGAGUUUGCUAUUUACGGAGGUCAGUCGGACUUUUUGAUCGGGGGGCUUAGUGUUGGGUCGGCCGGGUGCAUUGCGGCGUUUGCAAACGUGUUUCCCAGGACUGCAUCGAGGGUUUACGAGUUGUAUAAGGCCGGGAAGGUGGCGGAGGCGAUGGAGUUGCAGCAGAAGGCAGCACUAGCGGAGAGUCCCUGCAAGAGUGGAAUUGCUUCGACCAAGUAUGCUGCGGCGAUUUACUCGGCGCCGUUGGCCGGGAUUAAGGGAGCCGAGGAGAAGUUGAAGCCGAGGACACCGUAUGAGGAGCCCACUGAGGGUGCUAAGAAGACGGUGAGGGAGUUGAUGGGUACGGUGGCCCAGCUUGAAAUUAGUAUCUAG